AUGGCAAAAAAGAAACUGCGAAAAAGAGCUGGCAGUGUUGAAGACUUGCUGGUGAAGGGCAUCUUGCCGAAGUCAUUGGGAGAAAGGAACACAUCACCACGGCAACGGCGCAUCACCAUAGACGCCAGAUUACAGGGGAGGCACAUUGCCACGAUUGACUUGCGCAUUCUUGACCUGCUGCAGCUGACAUCAACAGAGGAAAAGGAGAAUUUACUUUCUGCCGUCUACAGGGAGCUGCACCCUCAUGACAUGACCACCCAGACCCUUGAUAUUUUGCUUGGAGGUGUUGGUCCACAUGACAUUGAUACAUUCAUGGAAGCCUUGAUGAACACAACCAAAGAGAAGGUGGAAUCUUGUUCAGGAUCUUCAAGUGUGACACCAUGGAAGAGGGAAUUCAGAAUGGAAAUAUCGGAAGGCAAAAGUCGAUCAAUGUCUCCUGCAAAAGAAAACGCUUUUGGGGAGGCAGUUUCACAAAGGGAGUGUAAGGAAAGGGUCACAGAAAAAAAUCUUGAGCUUGAUUCACAUCAUAAAGGAAUCGACAAGAGGAAGCACAAUGUCUGCUUGAAAGCUACACCACGAGAACAAGGACAAGAGCUGCUCCAUGAAAUGCAAACUGAUAUUCAAAGAGGACAAUUGAGGCUGUCAGACAACAAGAACAUGGAACUCUUCCUGCCCGUAAAGAUCCAGCAACAUGAGGAGACAUCCUACCGGAAUGCGCAGCCAACCUUCAUCAUCCAGGCUUGGGUCCCUGCUGUCCAAUGGGCUUCAAACAGGGUGCUGCGCUUAGCCUUGUACCUCCCCAUCUUGCUGCCACUCCUCUGCUUAACAUUAGAGCAGGCAUCGGGCCACUCCAGCUAGCCAAAAAUUGCUCAGUCGGAGCCCCCUAUCAUCGGCCCUAUGUUCUACCUGCAGCUCUUACCUGGCUGCCUGC